AUGGUGAAUCAAACCUUAGAGCUUAGAAUCAACUCAGCAAGUGACCUUAAGAAUGUCAACCACAUCACAAAGAUGGACGUUUACGCCGUCAUAACCCUUUUGGGAGACAAAAAGAAACAGAAGGCUAAAACCCCCAUCAAUCGCUCCGGUGGAUCUAACCCUACAUGGAAUCACGCCGCCACGUUUCCCGUCAAGGAGGAGUUAGCACGUGAAGGCCGUUUAACACUCGUCGUGAACUUGUUCUCCCAUCGACGAAUCCGACGCGAUAAAGCUAUUGGUAAGGUCGAGGUUCCAUUGCUCAACCUCUUGUCGUCAACUAACGGCAAUGGGAUGAAGUUUGUGACGUAUCAGGUGAGAACUCCGUCGGAUCAAAUGAAAGGCUCUUUGACUUUCUCGUACCGGUUCAAUGGUGCACCGGUUAUUGCCGGUCAGGCUCAUUAUCAGGCGCCAACGUCUUGGGCUCCACCGAAUCAGCAAGGUUAUGGUGGACCGAAUGGUUACAUGGCUCCGCCAACUCCGCAGCUGACGAGGAAUCAAGAAAGGCUAGAUAUUGUUGAUACUUUUGCUAGUGUUGUUGAUUUAUUAAAAUAA